GAAGAAUAUCAGACCCAAACAGGGGACUAUAAAUUAUUUGAAGACACUGAGUCAGAACCAUCAGUAGUAACAGAUUCUGAGCUUACUCAAUUUAAUCUUUCAGAAACUGACGUGGAUCGUAUGUCAGAGGAAGAAACUGCAAGCCAAGCAGUAGAAGAGGACUUAAUAACCUUAGAAGAAGAUACUGGUGAACAGCCAGAAAUAACUCCUUAUUUUAUUAAUAGCGAAUCUAGUGAUACUUCUGAAAAAGGAAGUAGUGACAUAAUUCAAGAAGAAGG